GAAUGACAGUUUGCCAUUCAUUAUUUACGUUUUUGCAGUAAAAUUCACUUUUUUCCUGUGAAUGACAAAGGAGGAAAAAUGGUAAAUGUAAUGAAAGGAGUCCUUGUAAAAUGUGACCCGGCUAUGAAACAAUUUCUGCUGCACUUAGAUGAAAAACUGAGUCUGGGACGCAAAUUUAUAAUUCAAGAUUUAGACGAGAAUCAUCUAUUUAUUUCUACAGACAUUGUGGAAGUGCUGCAAGUUCGUGUGGACGAAUUAAUGGAUCGAAUUAGUUUUCCGUUACACGAAAAAAACGCCUAG